UAUGGACAGGAAGACAUUCCUCUCUCUCUCUCUCAAACACACACAUGCUCAUAAAUUUUCCCUUGAAACCUGAUAAGCUCCAUGUGUUGUAUUUACAACAGCUGGACUCCCUAGGAAGAACGAAACAUAGAAAUCUUGCUCAUUAUCCAUCUGUUGCUGUGCUUCUCUCAACAUGAAGAAAGUUGCACAACUCUGUGCAAGAGUCUUACCAUGGCUCCUCUUCCUGUUCACUGCCAAGGGAAUGUGUAACCAGGAAGUUCAUUGCCAGUGGGGUCCUUUUGGCAGUUGGUCAGAAUGUGAUAGCUGCACCAAAUUACAGACAAGAACCCGAUCCAUGGUUGUCUACGCUCAGUUCGGUGGAAACCGUUGCUAUGGAGAGCGAAGCGAGACGAGGCCCUGUGAAACCACACAAGGCUGCCCUAUAGAGGACGGAUGUGGAAACAGGUUUCGCUGUCGAUCGGGGAAGUGUGUUAGCCAGUCUCUGGUGUGUAACGGAGAUCAGGACUGUGAGGAAGAUGGACUUGAUGAGAGUAACUGCGACAUUUCAGAAUACAUUGUUUGUUCAAACUCAGUUCCUCCGCCGAACAUUGAGAUCCUAGGACUCGGGGUUGACGCUGUGUCAGGAAAGAGCAGAGAAAGUGUCAUCAAUACUAAGAGCUUUGGUGGCCAGUGCCGCACCAUCUUCAGCGGCGUUCACAAUUCUGUUUAUCGACUGCCCCUUAGUACUCUUCAGUACAGCUUUUUGGUUAAAGUCCAGAAUGACUUCAGUGAUGAGAUGUACACCAGCAAAUGGCACUAUGCAAAGGAUAUUGUCAAGAGGCAGACAGUAACCGGGACUACCACGGGAUAUCGCAACUAUGAUUUUCAUGAACAACACGACAAGACUCAAACCAAAAAGCUUUUAGUUUUAAAGAAUGACAUCGAGGUAGCUCAGUUCCAGACUAACGCUCCUCGGUACAUCCCGAUAUCCGAGGCGUUUUGGAAGGCACUGGUCAAACUGCCAUCUGUCUAUGACUACUCGGCCUACAGGAAGAUUUUGGAAAGGUUUGGAACGCACUACCUGUCUGCUGGAAGCUUAGGAGGCUCCUUCAAAGUUAUUGCCACAAUUGAUGAAGAAACUGAAAACAAUAUGGUCAGCGAAAGUGAGCAGUAUGACGAAUGUUCAAGGACUAAACGCUGGAUUCUCAUAUUCCCCAUCACCACAGUGAACUGUAAGCGAGGCCAGAGCACUCACUCAUCAGGCACAGGAACCAGGAGGAGCAAUAAUCUGAAAAAAGUGGAUGUGGAGGGAGGAGGUGUCUCACAUAUUGCAGCGCUGAAUAUGAUGAACCUAGAUAAUCCAGAGAGAAACUGGGAAAUGUACUCAAACUGGGCAGAGUCUGUUAGGUCGUUUCCAAAGGUCAUAAAACAAAAGCUGCGGCCGCUGUCAGAGCUGGUGAAGGAGGUUCAGUGUCCUGGUUUGAAGAAGCUCUACCUUCGCAGGGCCAUAGAUCAGUACCUUGCUGAAAGUGCCCCCUGCCACUGCCGGCCAUGCAGGAACAAUGGAAUGGUUGUCAUGGAUGGAGAUGAAUGUAAGUGCAUCUGCAAGCCUAACACGUCAGGACCAGCCUGUGAGCAAGGAACUGAAGCAGAAGGGCAGCAGGGAGUGAUCCAUGGUAGCUGGACCUGUUGGUCUGCCUGGUCAUCGUGCUCUGGGGGCCGAAGGUCUCGUAGUCGUUCCUGCUCUAACCCCUACCCUCAGAAUGGGGGACAGCACUGUAUCGGAGAACCAGCUGAGACGUCCGACUGCGAAGAUGAAGAGCUGCAAUACUUAAGAACUAUGGAGCCUCAGUGCUUCGACUAUACUCUCCCAGCAAGUCAGAAGUGUGGAACCCCACCUGCUCUGAUCAAUGGCUACAUUCUGGAUCCAAAGGACAUUUAUCUUGUGGGUAGUAAAGUUGAAUACACCUGCACUGAAGGUUUUUAUCUUGUUGGUCACAGCACCAUAGAGUGCACUGCUGAUCAAACCUGGUCUGCCCGGCCUGGAUUGUGCACAGUUACAAGUUGCCAGAUUGGACUCCUUGCAGAUGGUGUCAUAGCCUCUCCUUUAAAGGAGACCUAUGGCAUAGGAGAGUUAGUAACAUUCUCCUGCCCAGCGGGUAAACGGCUAACAGGCGAAGCCACGGCUAUUUGCAAUCCCAGUCUGGAUUUUUCACCAAACCCAGCAGACGUCAGGUGCAUCCAAGACAGCGCACCAGAACCAAGCAUUGCUCCUGGAGUGCAGUGUAAACUGUGGGAGAAGCCUUCCAGAGGAAAAUGUGUUUGCAAAAUGCCUAUUGAGUGUGGUUCAUCUUUGAAGUUGUGUGCCACAGCUGCUGUAGGUAGAAAAUCGGUCCUUCUGGAUGUGUGCAAAAUGAAUGCAUUGCAAUGUAUGGGGAAGAAAUAUAUGACAGCAGAGGACAGCACCUGCAUUUGGCCACAGCGUGAUACAACAGGUUGCACCGGCUGCCACAUGUGGGAGAACUGCGAUGAUCAAGCCAAUGACUGUCGCUGUAAGGACUCUGCAGAUUGUGCGAACCCUGGGUAUAACGUGUGUGUCCGUGUUGGAGAGGAUGAGACUGCAGCCACACAGACCAUGAGUGAAUGUGAAGCAGGACUUCGGCGAUGUAAGGGAGAAAAAGUGUUUGUUGUCAGUAUCCAGCCCUGCACCUCCUGAGCAUUCAGGGCAGGAGCUGAUUGACUGACCUCUCUUAUUGGUCUUCUUUUAUUAUCCCACUUUGAAAUAUUCCACAAAUUUUUUUGUGUAGCCAAUGUUUUUUGUUUUUUUUAUGCUAAGAUUUAGCACACUUUAAAGGCACAUUUUUUGCAUGCAUAAAAAUAGAACAAUACUGUAUUAACAAUAAAUAAAAAGCACAUCA